AUGGCGCAUUAUUCACGACUGGCUGUACUCUGUCUAAUUCUAUUAUUUAUUGAUAAUUCAUACGCUGCUUUCCCGCCAAGUCUGCUGGAUUACAAUGCUUAUGGUGUCAAAAUUGCGAUGAAUGGUUAUUUUCUUGUUGAGGUUCAAAAUGAUAAUUAUUCACCCGGAUUUCUUGUACAAUUUGCUCCUUACAAUGAUACCCCGGCGUCAGUACAAUGUACUAUCACAUUCCCUAAUUCGAUCGAUCAUUAUAUCUACAGUGUUACAAUGGGCAAAAGUCAGCUGCAGUUUUUCUUUGCUGGUGAAUUGAUAAAUACCAAGAACGGAACAUUUAUCGGUGUUGCAAAGUACAAUGCAUCUUCAUCAUCAUGUGUCACUCAAUUUACUUUUACGAUACAAUAUUUCUACAAUUACGAACAUCAGGAGUACUACGUAAUUGGGGUUGAACCCAGUGGACGUUAUGCUUACGGCUUUGCUAACAAAUUCAUCUUCAUCUUCGAUUCAUUCAAUAUCUCACUGAAUGUGUGGAAUGGAAAUGAAACAUGGCCCGAUCAUUCAUUCAUUCCUCAUGCAAUCGAUAUUACGAAUAAUUUUAGUGUAAUAGCAGGAUUUAUUCGAAACUCUGUCGACGCGAUAGCAGUUUACAUACCAGUGAUCUAUCUAAUCAACUUUAGUUCAUUUACUAAUCAUCCAUAUAUUGUUGAUCAAUACCGGCCGAAUGCUACAGCCGAUACGUGGCAAUAUUUAUUGACAAAUUCGGAUGCGGAUACGUAUUCUGCUAAGUAUGACAUGUCAGUUAGUAUAAAUAACAAUGGGAGUGUUUUAGUCGGCAUGCAGUUUAUCAAUCGAGUAUUUCUGUUUUCAGUUUCUAGGAGUAAUCCCAUUCGAUUAUAUUUCAUAAGUCGAAAUACAAACGGUAGAUCAUUAGGAAAUGGGAAAAGUGUUGCUUGGCUCGAUAAUGGCGUCGCUGCUAUUUUAGUCAAUACAUAUUCACUGAAUUAUCAAUGGACUUCCUCAGAAAUCUAUAUCUAUGAUAUCCAAACGUAUGGUUACAAUUCGAAUAGUACUCCACUCUCAGUCUUUCCCAAUCAACAUCAAGUGCUACCAUUGAGUUUCAGUUCGAUAUUUUUGCAGAUUAUCUCAUCACCGUCAUCAUUAGCUUUACUCGAUGAUCAAGGCAAUAUUUUGAUCAUGAAUCCGACACCCAGCGGAUACUUCCCAGCUAUUCGCGACUCAGGUUCAAUGCCAGUAUUCACUGCACCACGAAAAUGCUUUCCUGGCACUUUCAAAAGUCAAAGCGGCAUACAUGAUUGUAGUAUUUGUCCAAGUGGCACUAAGAAUAGUGGUAACUCAAGCAUACAAUGUGUUGCAUGUGCAGCGAACUCGUUCUGUCCACUCGGUUCCGUCAGUGACAUACCUUUAUCAGCACUUACGACCACGACGCAAGUCAUUGCAUAUCCCAAAUCACCAGAAAGUACAAUAUUUGAUGAAAUCCUCUUACAGAAUAUGUUCCAUAUUGGAUCCGGCCGCUGUCUGGUGGUGUCACCUGUAUUCUGGUCAUUGAUUGUAGCAGCUUUUGCCAUUCUCAUCGCAAUUCUCAUGUUUAUACUAAAGCAUCGUGUAGAUCAUCCACAAAGUCGAAAACUUCGUCAACGACUAAAAUGUAUCUUUAAACAUACAGAUCUAAUUGGCGAAGGAGAAUUAUGGAUUGGUGGAUUAGUUUCCUUUGCAGUUGUUGUUCUUGUUAGCUUUGCUUAUUCAUUCAGUCAUCGAUAUUUAUAUCAAUAUCCGAUUGAAACCACUAGCGAUUCAUACUUUGCUUGUGAUCCAUCGUUGCGAAAUGCCAAAUUCCAAACCAAUCUUCAAUCACUUUCAAUUCCGCCUACAGAUGCAGAACAGAAGAUGUUUUAUUUAUUAAAUAAUCAAACGUUCACCUUGCAUCUAGAUUUCGUCAAUACAUUAGCAAACUGUGACAUUAUAUCUCUUCAGGUUCUGUAUGGAACAAGAUGGUCAACAAUACGUUGGCUAUCUUGUUCUAAUGUGGACUCAAUUCUAUUCUUAACUGUCGUCUUACCAUAUCAACACGCAUCUAUACGAAUAUAUAUAUCUGAUACGCAAAUAAUCGGUGCUCUACGUGUUGGUCUAUCUUCAGCAGGACAUGAAGAUGAACAUUAUAACUUGAAAGAAUUGAAUUUUUAUCAAGCAUUUUACAAAUAUGGUGAAGUACUCACACAAAAUCUCUCCAUCAAUAUUGACAUGACAAAGGUCAUCAACGAAACAGCGGCGAUGGUUGGUGAAGAAUCAGAUUAUAGUGGAAUUUAUAUUCCAACAUUUACAACAGAUGUUGACAGUUUAUUUCUGACUCAAGAUCAAUAUGUCUAUUCUACAUCAGCUUCCGCACUCUUAACUGUUGUUAUUAGUGAAACUCCAUACUAUGUGAAAAAUCUGCAACAACCGAUUGCCAAACUAUCAGAAAUCAUUUUUCAUAAUAUUCUAUUUACAAUUGUCUGUUUAGAAAUCUUCGGUUUGAUCUUUUUACUGUAUAAAUUAAUCUCGACACCGUUGCGACAUCUCUACCGGUCUCGUUAUGCAGCAAAGCAUAAGACGAAUAACGACAGGAUAUGCGUUUUUUGA